AUGGACAUCCUCAAAGUGCUCUCGCGGGGCAUCAAGCACAACCAGAAGAACAAACCGCAAGCCGCAGGGACCUUGACCCAACUCCCCUCGGCCGGUGCGCUCCCCCGGCCGCAGCUCUUCCACGACCCGGUCAGCGCCCGAGGCAAGAAGCGGAAAAGGAGACCGGAUGCACAGAAUGACGAACAGGCAGUUGAGGACGACGACGUCAGCGACGUGGAUUACUUUGCCCCGAAGGAACCCGCCGUCGAACCCGUUCCCGACACAGACCAGGCGCCUCCCAAGAAACGCAAGAUCAGGCUGCUAGACGAGGACGAAUGCAGACAGAUCCUGCGCUCGCACCGUCUCAAGUUCACGAUACUCUCGGGGUCGCCCAAAGUGGAGGAUAAGGAGGAUGAACAGGCCUCAAAGAAAAACAAGAGGCGAAAAGAGGCUGAAAGAAACAUGGGCGAAAAGGAGAAGAAGGACGAUUACAGAAAACAAAUUUUCCCCCAGCCCUUAAACUCGUUCGGCGAGCUCCAGCACAUCUACGACGUCUCGCCGCAGUUGGCAGCCAACGUCUCGGCGCAGGGCUUCCGCGUCCCGACCGAGGUGCAGAUGGGCAGUCUGCCGCUCCUCCUCCGGCCAGUGACGGCCCUCAAGAAAUCCAAGAGCGUCGAGGUCCCUGGCCUAGAAAACGGCGCACACUUUCUCGCUGUCGCCCCCACAGGCAGCGGCAAGACCAUCACAUUCCUCAUUCCGGCCAUCGAUGGCGUCCUCCGACGGCGUGCUGAGCUGGGGAGGGACAAGGACGGGCACGUGCUCGAGGUGGUGGUUGUGGCGCCUACCAGGGAGUUGGCGAGCCAGAUUGUCAACGAGGGCAGGAAGUUGGCAAUUGGGACUGGGGUAAGGGUGGUACUGAUGAAGAGGGGUCUGAGGCUUGCCGCGGAGGAGGUGAAACAGGUGAAAGGAAACGAUGAUGAGGGAAGUGGUAGUGAGAAGGAGAGCGAGGAUGAUGCGAGUGAAGAGUCGGAAGACGACAAGGCCGGCAAGGACGGCGGAAAGCCGCUGGCGAGGGUGGAUAUUCUUGUGACGACGCCCAAGACGUUGCUCAAUUUCCUGUCUGGUGGCAAGCCUGGCACGCGCCAGAUCCUGCCAACCGUCAGGUCCCUCGUCCUCGACGAGGCCGACGUCCUCCUCGACCCCAUCUUCCGCAAACAAACAAUGGGCAUCUGGCGCGCCUGCACCCACCCCGAAGUUAGCCUCACCUGCUGGUCCGCCACGAUGGCCUCCAACAUCGAAUCCCUCAUCACCAAGCAGCUCGACAAGCGCUCCAAGCGCGCCGGAACCACCCCGCGCCCCGUAAUUCGCCUCGUUGUCGGCCUCAAAGACGCCGCCGUGCCCAACAUUACCCACAAACUCAUCUACACGGCCACCGAGCCCGGCAAGCUCCUCGCGCUACGCCAACUGUUGCACCCCGUCUCAUCCGCCGACUCAGGCCCGCCGCUCCGCCCGCCCUUCCUCGUCUUCACCCAGACCAUCGAGCGCGCCCAGGCGCUACACGACGAGCUCAAGUACGACAUACCCCUCGAGGCAGGCGGCUCGGUGCGCGUGGCGGUCCUGCACUCGUCCAUGACGGACCGCGACCGCUCCAAGAUCAUGGCGCGCUUCCGGGCGGGCGAGGUGUGGGUGCUCAUCACGACCGACGUGCUCGCGCGCGGCGUUGACUUUGCGGGCGUCAACGGCGUCGUCAACUACGAUGUGCCGACCUCAGCGGCUGGGUACGUGCACCGCGCCGGGCGGACAGGGCGCGCGGGCCGCGAGGGCGGCGUGGCCGUUACCUUUUACACCAAGGACGACAUCCCCUUUGUCAAGAGCGUGGCCAACGUCAUUGCCGCCAGCGAGAAGCAGGCGGGAAAGACCGAAGAAGGAGGCGGCGUGCAGAAGUGGUUGCUGGAUGCGCUGCCCAAGGUGGCCAAGGAGGAUAAGCGGAAGCUGAAGAGCUCGUGGGAGCGGAGGAGGGAGCAUAACCGAGCGCAGGCCAUCGAAGCGAGUAAGCGCCGGAAGAGGCAGCGCAGGGAGGAGGGGGAGGAGAAGGUGGAGGAAGAAGGGGAGUGGGGGGGGUUGGAGGAUUGA